CUGACGCGCGCAGGCAGGCAAGUGGCUGCCGUGCACGAUGUGCGCGGUCGUGCUGCUCGAUCUCGCGCACGCGUGCCGCUGCGGGUGCACUGACCGGCUGCUGAGCGAGGAGGCCGCCGCGCACGCGCACUUAUUCGUGUUGCUCGGCGGGGGUGACGUCACGGAGACGCCGGUGGUCGCGUACGGGGACGCGCGCCUUCUGGACUCGCGCUCCACGGCCGAGUGCGUGUACAGGCUAAAGCGGGCGGCAGACGACCUGGACGUGCACGUGAUGCGUGUCAUCACGAGUGAGCGGGGUCGAGAGCGGCUCCUUCGGUACCAGCAGCUGCUCUUUACCGCUCUUUACAACUUCACCUACAGGUUGGGAUGCCCCCGCCCUGCCCAUACGCACUCACCUGAGGAUGAGGAGGAAGACGUCACUUCUUUUCUGCACACACUUCCGGCGCUGGGCGGACCCGUCAGAUUGCUAACGUCAUCGCUGAUCCCAGCAGACUGCUUUGGCCAUGGUUUCAGCACGCGUUCAGGGGGCGUGUCCUACAUUCCCUCCUUGUCCUCCUUGAACUUGUUCAGCAGCAGCAGGAGGCGUGAUCCCCCCGCUGUGGUGCAGGAGAACAGACGGCGGCUGGCACUCCAUGCCGGAUUCCACCCGCGCCCCCUCCACCUGGCCAAGGUCAGUCAUUGCGUCCGGAAGAACUCCUUGACUGCUCCGUCCACUAAGAGGAUACGUGCUCCGCUGCUGCAGGUCAAACAUUCCAACCAGGUGUGGAUCAUGGGCGAAGCUGAGCCAGAGAGCUAUGACGCCAUCGUGACCGAUCGGCCGGGGCAGGUAGUGGCCGCUCCAGGCGCCGACUGCAUCCCAAUCAUCUUUGUUGAUCCGGUGUCGAAGGUGGUCGGCGUCGCUCACGCAGGAUGGAGAGGAACCCAGAUGGGGGUUGCCAUGGCAACAGUGGAGGCCAUGGUGACGCACUUUGGUUGCCAGGCUAAGAACAUUCUGGUGGUCCUGGGACCAUCGGUGGGGGCGUGUUGUUUCACGCUGGAGCAAGAGCAGGCAUCAAACUUCCAUCAGGACUGCGUUACUGACCCCCAGUCAGCCACGCCGCACGUCAACAUCCGCCUGGCCAACAGGCUCCUCCUACAGAGGGGCGGGGUCCUGCCGGAGCAUAUCCAUGAUGACACGGUGACAGACAGGUCGCAUGUGACGCCGUGCACUUGCUGCCACCCCGGUGACUUCUUCUCACACGCCCGAGACGGACCCAACUUCGGCACCCAGGUGGGCUUUGUGUGGAUCAAGGAGGUGGGAACGUCCCACUGACACAGGAGGGCGUCUUCUUUUAAGGACAAACAUGGGAACGGAAUAGGAGUGUUUGACAGAACAGAUGGAAACGUCCGUGUACAAACCAUCAUGUUUUAGCCAACGUCACUGUCCAAAUACUUCUGCUGACAAACACAAAAUAAAGCUGAGAGCUGAGUCAUGUUAUGGACAUGUCUCCAUUGAGUUUGUAGCCAAAUACUGUGAAUAAUCAAGCAUCUGGCUUUGGUUUUGUUCACUUCACACUGGACCUCCAUACAAGACAGCCAAAGGUCUGGUCAGCAUAGUCAGUGCUGUGUGAUUGAUAGCUGGUCAGAUUAGAGAGCCAGCAGGGAUAGUCUUUAGGGGGUUAGGGUUGCAAUCCACAAUAUGGCUGUGGUGGUAGAAAUGGUUAUGGGUAGGGUUAGGAGUUAAGGCUUCAUGAUGCUACAGCCGUCGGCUGGCUCCUUCCCCUCCAAACCCUCCGGCAGAGCUUGGCGUGCACCUCUAAAAAAAUCCCAAACUCGCAUCAGCGGUCACACAGACCGCAAAGCUGUAACUGGUUGGAUUUUUUUUUUGUACAUCAUUUGUGUUUUUUUCUCUCCAACUAAAGUGCCAAAAAGUCUGCCAAAACAAAAAGAAACAAUGGCGCAAAUUGCAGAGUCUCAGCAAAGAAAUAUGCAAUACGCAAAUAUGAGCAGUUCCAUGAAAAUGAUAGAAAUAUGAGCGGUCUCAGGACAACAUGUACAAUAAAAGUGACAAAUGUUCCAUAUCAAUUAGUUCCAAUUCCAACAACAAACUGCAUGUUGCUUCAAUCGUCAUUAUUCACUACUUGUAUGUGUGUAGGAAGCUAAAUAGCUAGCCAAUGAGAAAGUUGUUGUUUUUCACUCUCAGGGAACCACCACCCCAAGUAGUUUGGAGAAUUGCAAGUCACCCACUCAGCCCCUGCCGAAGAGCUUUAACAGGAUCAAGAUGUCAGUGUGUAGGAUGAUGAAGCCUUUAGAGUUACAAUCCCCAAUAUGGAUGUGUUUGCAUAUAAGACAUUCAAGUAUUCUGGCUAGUGUACACACAAAACGAAACUACCAUCACGGUGACAUUAAAGCCACCUGAUUGGUUGACGUAGAACAGGAAGUAGAACCAAUGAUCAACAGUCCAGGCUUCUCAGUGCAAUUAAACACAAAAGUGUGGCCACCAGGGGGAGCAGCACUGUUUGACGUUGGCCCUGCCCCCUCUCACGCACAACACAGAAAACUGGAAAAGCCACUUCCUGUCAGUCACAUGGAUGACAUUGAUGUACUUGGACACCUCCACGUGACCAUUUUCGGUAGAAGAAUGUGAUAGGUCAUCAGUGGAUCACGAGAUUGUUCUUUGAUGUUGAAGUCGCAGCGUGGCAUGACUUCUUCUGCUGUCAGUGACGACGUCAGGCGUGCUUACCUUGUUCACCACGGAGAACAGUGGCCUGCACGAAAAUGUCUUCAUGGAAUCACACGUGUCCCAGAGGAGGUUAGAGGAGGAACGCUUUCAACAUGGCUGACGUCCUCGGACGUUUUUGCUCCACUUUUGUCACCUUCUGACCCGCCCGCUGUCUCUGCCUCUUCCUGCUGUAGGGCAGCGAAGCGCUCCAGCACACAGGGCGCUGUCAGCCGGGCCUCAGGGUCGUGAUCCCAGCACUCCACCAUGGUGGAGCAGAAAAUGUUCAUCCCCUAAACACACACGCAAUCCAUCCAAUUUAUCCUGGGGAGGGAAGGGGGGAGUCUAUUUAAGAGUCACAUGACUAACCUGAUGCUGCGUCCAGGCGGUUGGAAUGUCCGGUCGUCGUCGGUCCCUCAGCACCAGGUCUCGCAUGCUGUCCACGCACGGAUGCUCGCACACUUUGGAGCCAAACGCUGGCUCAUAGCUGCUAACCUCUACACACAUACAGUACACACACACACACACACAUAUACACGUACACACAAUUGAGUGGGUUUUGUUGCCAAGGUGAACUAGAAAGCGCCCCAAGGGUGACACUUCGGAUUGGUCCUUCUUGUACUUUUCCUCCUACCUCCGAUGGUGCGGCAGCGAGAGGCCAUCUCCCAGAGGACCAGAGCCAUGGAGUAAACAUCCAUCUGCUUGAAGGCCUCCACGUCAUCCAGGUUCACUCUGGACUCCAGAACCUCCGGAGCCAUGUAGCGAGCCGUGCCCACCUGUAGCAGACCACAGUAGAGGUCAGGUUCUCCUCGGCGUGUUCCCAUGACGUUGUUUGACUUUACCUGCCCACUGUUAGCAUAGUCGUCCACCGUGAGGGACAGGUCCAGUUUGAGAGCCAGGCCGAAGUCGCACAGAACACAUUCCCCAUUCUUCUUCAGGACAAUGUUGCUACUCUUCACAUCCCGAUGAGCCACCGGUACCUGCGGCAGGAACAUUACCUUAACGAACAUCUCUACAUGUUCUCAAUUCAUUACAUUGUUUACCAACCUUGGGUGACCCGGUGGGCGUGGUGUCGCUGUGAAGGUGGGCCAAGCCACGAGCAAUGCUG